CCCGUCAUGGCUUCACGAUUUCCCCGUCAGCGCGAUCCCCGUGCCUCCUCAUCUCUCUUUGACUCGUAUGGUGGUGGUGACUCCCGGCCCGCCAGUAAAUCGCCUGGCCGAAUGGGCGGAUAUGGCUACGGGGGAUACUCCGGAGCCGGUGAUGCGAUGAAUGGAGGUGCUACCGGGGGUGGAUUUAGGACUGCGACACCAAAUGCAAAGGGUCACUAUUCGGAUGCCGUUCUUUCGCAUCUGGAAUCACAGAAUGAUUCCGAGGUUGAAGGAAUCAGCGCCAAGGUCAAGAUGUUGAAAGAUAUCACACUUGCCAUCGGAGAUGAAAUCCGGGAUACCUCCAAUCUUACAGACCUCAACGAUACGUUCGACAACACUCGCGUUCGUCUCCGAGGAAAUAUGAACCGUAUGCUGCGAAUGGCCGAGCGCACCGGUGUCGGCUGGCGUGUGUGGCUGGUUUUCUUUAUCGCCGUUUUCCUUAUCUUCGCAUACGUUUGGCUGAGUUGAUUGACUCGGUUUUUUAUCUCGGCCGGCAACUAUACCACUCACUCGACUAUAUCAAAAAACAUGAAGCCAUGGGCUUUGUCGCCAUUAAUAAUCCCGACGACGAUUCAAUCGAUUAGCAUGGUUUUUGGGCGGCGGCGUUUUGGGUUUGAUCAUCUUGGACAACUUGCAGGUCACGUCAGCGUUGUUCUUUAUAACUUUUUUUUUU